GAAAGGCUGUGGUCUAUCUUGGUUUAGUUAUAUACAUCUUUGGUAGCGUGCUAAUGGCCGUGGGAAUUCAAUUGUGUAGCAUUAGCUAGUGGAAAUGAUUGUUGUUUAUGCCUGCUUGACUGCACAAUUAUAUGUUACGUUCUUUAGAUGCUAAAUUAGUUGGGUUGUUACAUCUAGCUAGACGUCUGUGCGUUUCAAAUUAACAUCUAGUCGUGGAAAAUGACGAACGUUAUUCAGGUGACAAAUGUCUCUCCGAGUACCACCUCUGAACAGAUGAGAACUCUCUUCGGGUUUCUUGGAAAUAUUGAAGAACUGAAGUUAUUUCCACCAGAUGAAUCUUCCUUGCCUGUGACUUCACGUGUCUGUUUUGUAAAGUUCCUUGAACCUGAGUCGGUUGGAGUGUCCCAGCAUCUGACCAACACUGUCUUCGUGGACAGAGCGCUGAUUGUUGUCCCAUUCGCAGAAGGAGUGAUUCCUGAUGAGUCUAAAGCUCUGUCACUGCUGGCACCAGCGAAUGCCGUGGCAGGAUGCAUGCCUGGAGGAGGCCUUCUCCCCACUCCGAAUCCUUUGGCGUCCAUGGGAGGCGUACCUCUUUCAGCUCUCGGAAAUCCGAACAUGGAUCACAUGGCUGCCAUGGGCAUGUCUGGCAACAUCAACCCCCAGACCCUCUCUGCUGACUUUCUGAAGCUUAUGCAGUCCAUGGAUCCUACUAAGAUGAAUCCAAUGGCUGCUGGUAUGAUGAUUAAUCCUGGUAUGAAGAAUGACUCCAACAAGGAGAUAGAGGAGGCCAUGAAGAGGGUCAGAGAGGCCCAGUCACUCAUCUCUGCCGCUAUCGAGCCAGGAAAUAAGAAAGACGACAAGCGCAAACAUUCCCGCUCCAGGUCCCGGUCGAGGCGGAGGAGGUCCAGGUCUCGUCACAGGCGAUCAAAGAGCAGGUCUCGACGGAGGUCCCACUCAAGGAGCAGGAGGCGGUCGAAGAGCCCCCGCAGACGGAAGUCCCACUCCAGAGAGAGGGGUAGACGCAGCAAAUCCAGGGAUAGGAGGAAAGAAGAUAAAUCCAAAAAGCGCUCCAAGACGCCGCCUAAGAGCUACAGCAGCACCAGGAGGUCUCGAAGCAUCAAUCGGAGACGUAGAAGAAGCCGCAGCGCCUCUAGGUCACCAAAAAAGUCCAGGUCCCCAAAGAGGAAACUGUCCAGGUCCCCUUCCCCUAGAAGGCACAAGAAGGACAAAAAGAAGGACAAAGAGCGAGAGAAGGACCGUGACAGGGGGAGGAAAGACGUCAGAGAUCGGAGCCAAGACGAAAGAGAACGCUCCAUUAGUAAGAAGAGCAAAGACAAGGAUAAGGACCGAGACCACAAAUCUGAUAGUGAGAAAGGAGAUGUCAAGAAUGCUUUGCUCUUGAAGGUGACCAGGGAUUACGAUGAGGAGGAGCAAGGCUAUGACAGUGGAAAAGAAGUAGAGGAUGAAGAGGAGAGGAAGAGCGACUCUGAUUCUGCGUCUCCCCCGAAGCCCCAGGAGUCUGACGAGAAGCUUGCAGGGGAGAGCGGCAAGAAGUCCAAACAGAACGGAGAUGACCACCAUGAUGAGGAAGACAUGGAGAUGAGCGACUGAGUACACCCAGGGAAACCCAGCCAGAUGAUGUCACUGAAAACCGACAGGCUCCAUUCCCUACCGUUCUCUUUUUAAAGGCAUCUAGAUAACGUGUCUGAUCUUUUAAAUGAAUACCUGUGGGAAUCUGGUGGGUUGUAGUCCUAUUGGGGAGAUGUACAGUUUUUAGAGUUAUAGAGACACUUUCCAUCUCUAGACUGGUUAGGGGAAAUAUUGUUCCUGUUUGAAAUAGCCAGUUUAUUUCUGCCUGUGUCUGGUGAGCAUGUGUAGGAAAUCUGUCCCAAAUGAUUUUUGCAAAAUAUAAAAUGUCAAAUUGCUGUACUUUUAUGUUGAAGGGCCUGUUGAAUGUGAGGGAUUUAGAAAGUGAUUUCCUUUUUGGGCCUCAAAAGAUAUUAUUCAUCUUGAACAUAUAGGAAAUGUUUUCUCCUAAAUGACUCACAAAACUUAUGUAUACUUAAACCUUUUACAGGACAGGGGUUGGCCCCUCACCUACUCAGACUGUUAAAUUGUUUUUAGCCUGGUUCCCUUCUGGUUUCGGUGUAGCUUUCUAUUCUUUGUUGUAAUCUUGACAAAUUGACUCAAUCUGUAAAGCACUUAAUACUGUUGUAGACUUACCCUUCCACCCGUGACAAUAUACUGUAGAUCCAAAUCAGUGUUUGGAUUAUUAUGAUGGAACACCCUGUACUGUCUACAUGUUUUACAAAGGAAAGUCUAUAAUAAAACGUGGUCAAAAUAA